ACUUCGUGUUACAACUCUUAUCAGAAGGUGGGUGGCUGGACCUGGAAGCACACAGGACUUAAUUGCUGGAUUUGACCAAGAAGCAGCUGCUGUAGUCAUGGCACGCCUUGUUUCUUUCAAAAUGGAAAUUGAGGCUGAAUUUGAUCCUAUAAGAUGGUUGGAUAAAGCACUGAUCCAUGUAUGUUCUCGAUUUGGGGAUUACCAGAAGGAUAGCCCAUCUUCCUUUAGCUUAUCUCCGCGGAUAUCAAUAUUCCCACAGUUUAUGUUUCACUUGCGCCGUUCUCAGUUUGUCCAGGUUUUUAAUAACAGCCCAGAUGAGACAGCAUACUUCCGAAUGAUCCUGAACCGGGAAAAUGUUGCCAAUUCAGUUGUGAUGAUACAACCUUCCUUGAUUUCUUAUUCAUUUCAUUCGGGUCCAGAACCCGCUCUUCUCGAUGUAGCCUCCAUUGCAGCUGACAGGAUCCUGCUUUUGGAUUCAUAUUUCACCAUUGUUAUUUUCCACGGUGCAACCAUUGCUCAGUGGCGGAAAGCUGGAUACCAUCAUCAACCUGAACAUCAGGCAUUUGCCCAUCUUUUGCAAGCUCCUCGUGAUGAUGCAGACGCAAUAGUCAAGGAAAGGUUUCCAGUACCUCGUCUGGUUGUUUGUGAUCAGCAUGGUUCUCAGGUGAUAUGCGGUCUUGUGCGAGACAAAUAUGUCAGUCUCUCAAUCAACCUCCAAUACAUCUCCUCAUCGAUUGGCUCGAUUUCUUCUGGCAAAGUUGAAUCCUUCGGCAACAUAUAAUACAGAUGCUUCCUUUCCUACUGGAGAUAUUAUUUUCACUGAUGAUGUAAGCUUUGAGGUAUUCCUGGAUCAUCUCCAAAGAUUGGCGAUUCAAUAGAAUACAAAAUACUUUUACCUUUUGCAAUUUUGUAAAAUUCUUUUUCAAUAGGUUAUUUUGUACAUUAACUGAGUGUAGAGAAUAUUUUGGUUUGCUUCAACGUUUGCACUUGUAACUCUUUUUUCUUUUUCUUCUUUUUUUUGUAAGCAAAUAGCGAGUUGGGUUCUUUAAGUAAGUAGGAAUUUUUAUAUAUAAUUUUUUUACGGUUAUUAAAUCCUUGAAUUUAAUCAAAACCCAAACCGAUUACUUGAA